UCUAGAUUGACGGAACUUGGUUCGAGAUUUCGGAGUUUCUACUCGAGUUGUCACGCGAAGUAUUUCACAUUUUUACCAUAGUAAAUGUUACGGAAUCAUGGAAAUGUUCACUUUUAGAAUUUUCACUAGAUUCGAAUUACAGAAUCGAUCCCCUAGAACCAAGUUCAGUUCCUUGUUCCUUCAGUCUGGAGAUUUCACAUUUUCACUUGGAGAGUCGGGUGAAUAAACGCACGUGAGAUGACAGUCCGAGAAGUUAGGUCGAGUCGCCACUUUGUAAUAGACUGCACCAAGUGACAGCUUGGAAUGGUUUUACGGUUUCAAAUCGAAAGUUCCAAGAGGUGUCAUGGGUCCCGAUAUUAAAAGUGGCAAUAUUUACGGCUUGAUAACUGAACUGUGCAUUUGCUCUCUUGGAAAAUAUUCGCUUAACGAGGAAAAUCCACAUGUCCAUGUCAGGAGCAAUGCGAAUGUUAAGAAACUCAGAUCGAAGGCUUAUGCCAUUCUCCUUAAUAAACAGGAUCAUGUUUUGGAGAAGAGAAAUGACAAAGAUAUCAUAUUUGCAUGUGUGGAUCCGAUAGCAGAGUUAUUGAAGCACAUCUUCGUUUUAAAAGUUGGGAAAGGUCUCUUGUCCGAAGCCAUGGAAUUGGAUGGAUUGACAAGUGUCCUGGUGGAUCCGAACUUCGAGAUCAGUCAAGAAGAUUUAGCAACGUUGCGGUUCUUAAUUGGAUUGAAAAGUACCGAGCCACAACAAGAACCUAACCUAAAUAUCUUUCGGCGUAGCAGAAGAAAUCAAUUUGUACCAAAAACGUUGCCACGUAAAAAUGACUUUGUUUCGUUACAAGCUUAUCCGAUUGAAGCAUUUCAUCUGUCGGAGCAUUUUGAAACCCUACUUGGAUGCCAACGGAAGUGCAUAAUGCAAAAACGCUAUUUGGAGCAAAGAAAAAGAUACUCCGCAUUUAAUCAAAUUGGACCUGCUACAAUUACUAACAUUGAGUCUAUGAGGAAGAACUCCAUGCUUGGAGUUCUUUGCAAUGUACAACCAACAUAUCCUGCGGAGCUUCCCAUAAUGAAAGAACUUGAGUUUCCAUGUUAUCCGUUUCCAUCGGUCUCGACGAUACCUCAAAUGGUGCAAAAUGAUUUCUUAACAGAACCGUCGGAGGUUUUAAGUAACUCGGAGAGCACCCACACACAGAUUUCACAUCGUGUACUUGUCAGCGAAGUACUCUCAGAAACUUGGGACUUAUCUAUUAAUUCCCUUCCGAACUAUCAAGUGUGGGAGUCUCUCGGAGGGUCAGAGGUCUCGAAGCAACCACCAUUUCUCUCCGAAGUGAACAUUACUUUGCUUCCCUUGCGAGAAGUCCAUGCAGUGGUUGAAUGUCCACACCCAACAAAAGAGAUUUCACUUGAGCAGUUCUCGGAGCAUGUCAAGUUACUUCUCGUAGGAGUAAACUCCGAUUCCUUUGUUCAUGAAUCUGUGUCAGGAUUCAAGCUCGUUAAAAAUACAUUAAGUCCCAUGAUCGGAGACGAUGUUUUGAAACAUGUCUGUGAGGAAGCCAUUUACUGGGGGAAUGCUUACAAGAACUUGACGGGUUUAAUUACACCAGAUCCACAGACUGGAAAGCUGCAGCAAGAAGGUCUUAUAUUCAAGGCGAUGUCCAAUACUAUUCGAGAAGUAUUAAUGCAUCACCAAGCCACCGUCCUACGUACUUCAACUUGUGUCGACUCUUCGUUGGGAUUGUUGCAAACAAUCGAGAGAGUGCGACCAAUGGGAGUCUUGCUCGUUGAGAUUGAUGGUCUCUGUCGAUGCAAAAGCCAAGAAGGAACGGACUUGCUUACGCAUAUCUACGAAAAAGUUACAAAAGUCACUAAACCGAACGUCGCUUUCAUCUAUUACUCAAUAUUGACUUCCUGCUGCGAAGUCUAUUUCCGGUUCCUGGAGAAGUGGCUCUUCGAGGGGAACUGCGACGAUAUUUAUGGAGAAUUUAUGAUCAACGUCCAGCCACAUUAUCUGCGCCAGAGAGGUUAUAAAUUCUGGACGAAGGCUUUCGGCAUAAAUGUGCAGUCUGUGCCAGGAUUUCUGGAGACUCUUAUAGACUCCAUUUUGCAGUGCGGAAAGACUAUUAAGCUCCUCAGAGUUUGCGAUCCAAAGAAUCCAUUGUGGAGCGUAGUCUCUACGAUCCAUCCUAAUGUGAAAGUUUGUCUCAGCGUAAAGCAAUUGAGAGAACAAGAAUUGUAUUAUCGCAGAUACGUUGAAAAAGUUGAGACUGUUUUACAGCCAAGUCCAGUUAUCGAUGAUAAGAGAAUCAAUGAUGAUGAGAAAGAAUCUCAAGUUGUGCCCGAAGCUCGAAAAGAGUCUCCGAUAGCAGUGGAGGAAGAACCCAUCGAGAAGAUUGAAUCGGAUGACCAAGAAGUGCUGAUAAAUGUAAAGGAUGAGGAGGAAAAUUUACAACAAAGAGAUAUUAUUGAUGAUCCGAUAAAAAAUGUCCUUCCUGAAGUAGAGAUUGUUCAGGAGGAAGCAAUCGAUGCCAUCAAUAAUGCAAAGAGCAAGCUGUUGGACCGUUUCUCUCACCUGGAGAAGAAGGUGGACGCGAGAAGACUGAUCGCAUCAUGGCGCAUAAAAAGACUAGAAUUAUACGACAAGAGGGUCCUGGCGAUGAAGGCAUCACAAGAGCGAUGGCAACUGGACGAAGCCCCUUCGUCUGGAGUAAAAAUCUCUGAAACUGCGUCUGAAGCUGUGCCGGAAAUCUCUAAAAAGCAAAGCCAGGUCGAACCUAGCUCCGAAGAAGCCCAGAAAGUCGCUCCUGCCGAAAAGGAGUCGAUAAAAGAGGUCAAAGAGAACAAAGAGAUCACCAACGUGGCCAAGACGACGACGUCGCCGAAGAAGAGUCCCUCGGAAGACGUGGAGGCUUCCAGCAAGGUCAAGACUGUGAUCGACAAGGAACCCGAAGUCACCCUGAAGAAACCAACCCGACCUGCGGCUCUGAACAUUCGGGAUGUUCGAUUGGAAGAAGGAACUCUUCCAAUCGAUUACGACCUGACUGAUAGAAGGAAGAACCUGGUUCCAAGAGUUCGAGCUGGAGUCCGGGAGAAGGAACCUGCAAAGCAGGACCUCUUCAGGAAGGAAGGCACUGCCAUCUUCAGGCGUUCCACUUCAAGCUUUAGGUCCGACAGGGAAGAGAAGUCAAUGUUCUCGGAGGUUCCUAAACCGGAGAACCCGGACUCGAGGCUGAAGACGCCCGUCGACGUAAUUUCCCCAUUCUCGACGGAAAUCAGCCCGACCUCGCCGAUGGUCGAGAAGGGGAACCUUGAAGAACUCAGAACGGACUCUAGGAGUCGCGGGAGAAGUCCUAGGAGGAGGUCGCAGGCUCUGGAGUGGCCCAGUCAAGGACCAACCUGGCGUAGACGUCGCCGAGAGGAGGAGGACCUGAACCUGGUGACACCGAUGUCCUCAACGGCCGACUCGACCUGGUCCUCGGCACCAGAAAGCUCCAGCUCCCCCGGGACUCUCCGAGGCGACGAAGAGUCCAGGACCUCCAGGGAAGAGCUGACCUCUUCAAGGGUCGCCGACGAGCCGGGGAACUUCAACAUUCCUUUUAGCACCGCCGAUUCCAGACUCACCCUGGAGGACGUCGAGAUCCUCGACAACUCCAGCCUUCGGGCCUACCUGGAGAAGUCCGUCAGCAUGCCUCUGCGAGUGCAGAACAGGCUUGCCAACCGGGAGCUCAUCAGGCACUUCGCCGAAGAACACGACAUGGUGUCUCAUCUCCACAGCUUGCGGGAGUUCUUCUUCCUCCUGAACGGAGAGUUCGCCAGGAGUCUGACCGACUCCAUUUUCUCGAGGCUCUACGUCGUCGCCACGCCGGUCGACCUCUGCAACCCGGCGACCUUGACGAAUGCCCUUGACAGGGCACUGAGUCGUGGCAUCGGAGGCGCUCAUAGAAAUCAUGAAAGAUUGAGUUUGUACGCUGCACAUGUGCCCGAACAGCUGCUGAUCUCCAACCCCAACGUAUUAGACUGCCUCUGCUUGAGCUACAAGAUAUCUUGGCCGUUGAACGUCGUCCUCGACGAGAGCAGCAUAGCGCAGUAUAGCAAGGUCUUCAAGUUCCUGGUGACGGUCAACCGCGUCCUCUGGGUCUUGCAGGAAGACUUUUACCUACUGAAGCUACCUAAGAGCGCGGCCAACUCUGAGCAACAUCAUAAAUUGCAGCUCUACAGACACUCGAUGGUGCAGUUCAGCAACGCCGUGCACAGCUAUCUGAUGUGCAGCGUUUUACACGCCAGCUGGACGGAAUUCGAAAAGGAUCUUGGAGCUGCCUCGAGCCUGGACGAAGUGCACGCUGCGCACGUUGUCUACCUCAAGAAGAUUUUGUCAAAAUGCAUGCUAAACCAACGCGGGGAGAAGAUGCGAGUCAACCUAUGCAACGUCUUCAAGAUAAUUCUUAAAUUCCAUAACCGCCUGCGCUCCAGAAACUGGAACCUCGGCCCUACAGGUUAUGUUCACCCAAAUUAUGGAAGUUUGGAACAAAUGUACCAUGCAUUUUGCCAAUUACGGUCGUACUUGGCGCGAGUAGCCGACAAACUAACCACAACUGGUUAUCAGCCACAUCUUCAACACUUUUUAAAUGCACUGAACAUCAAUUGCCUCUUCGACGUGACGGAGAAAUUGUAGCCAGCAGCUUUUGCUUUUCC